AUGCCCAUCGCUAUUCCCAAUACGCCUAAGAAUGGCAUCACAAAGUUUACAAACUGCCGCCUUGUCAAGGGCGACAAUUUGGUACAGGAAGACAUUUGGGUUAGCUCCGUCACCGGGAAGAUUAUCCACAGCCAGGCUGCCUUCUUCGAUGACCUCCUACUUCCGGAUGAGACCGUCAACCUCGGUGGCCGCAUCGUGUCUCCUGGUUUGAUCGAUUGCCAACUCAAUGGGGCCUUCGGCUUCAAUUUUUCUACACUUCUUGAGGACAUGACGCACUAUGGCAAAAACGUGCGGGAGUUAAACAGAAAGCUGGUGGCCACUGGCGUCACAUCCUACGUCCCAACCCUCACCAGCCAAAGACCCGAGCUCUAUAAAAAGGCCCUACCAUACUUGGGGCCAUCGGGAGGCUCACAGGCAGCCAAUGACGGCGCCGAAUCUCUCGGAGCACACGUCGAAGGCCCAUUCCUCAACCCCACCAAAAAUGGCAUUCACAAUGUUGAUGUCCUACAGCAGGCGGAGAAAUUCGAUGAUCUAGUUGAGUGCUACGGCGCCGAGAACAUCGAUCCUAGCGCCAACGGUGGCGUCAUCCCAAUUAAGAUGAUAACGGCCGCGCCAGAAAGGGGGCAGAUGACCAAGAUCAUCCCGGAGCUACGGGAAAGAGGCAUCAUCUAUUCUAUUGGACACUCAGAGGCCUCAUAUGAAGAGGCUUCAGCCGCUGUAGCAGCUGGGGCGACAAUGAUUACUCAUCUCUUCAACGCCAUGCGGCCGCUUCACCACCGCAAUCCUGGUGUUUUCGGUGUCUUGGGUAUCGCAGAAAGUCUUUCCCGACCUUACUUUGGCAUAAUAUCUGAUGGAAUUCACUUGCAUCCAACAACAAUCAAGAUUGCCUUCAACGCCCAUCCCGAGGGCUUUAUUUUGGUCACCGAUGCCAUGCACAUGAUGGGGCUACCAGAUGGCUCGUACAAGUGGACCAACGGGCAAGAUAUCAACAACAUCAUCAAGGUGGGCUCUACAUUGUUGCUGGAGGGCACCGAUACUAUUGCCGGAAGUGCGGUUACUCUGAUGGAAUGUGUGAACAACUUCCUGAGAUGGUCCGGCACAGGUAUCCCAAAGGCUCUCAAGGCCGUCACCGCAACACCGGCGGCAAUGCUCGGCCUUUCAGGGGUAAAGGGAUCUUUGGAAGAUGGCGCCGAUGCGGACCUGGUCAUCUUCUCUGAGGAAGAAAGAGAGGGCGCCACUCAGCUGGUUGUAGAUGAGGUUUGGAAGGCAGGAAAGAUGGUAGCAAGUCGGGAGGAAACACAGUCACCGAUUUCAUAG